AUUCUUUCUAUAAACUAAGCAACUGCAUGUAAUCGUCACGAGCGUACUAAAUGCUAACGUGCGUUCUUAUUAGGCUCUAGUGCUUGCUUGUUUGAUUAUUACUUUUUAUGAAGCGAACAAAAAAACUAUGCAUGCAAACAAAUUGGAAGAGCAUUACUACAUAUAUAUUAAAUUAGCUUCGACAUUACUAAUAUCAAAUUUAUAAUACCACAGUUUGUCUUUUGGGAUACCAUAAUUUUUAAUAGUUUAGGAGUUUUCAUCAUUGAUGUAAUUAACUAAUACAAAGGUUAGAGCAAUCUAAAAGGUCAAAAAUGUGGCCCUCGUUUAAUAAGAAAAUUUUGUGAUGAAAUCAUUUAGUGAUAUUCAAGUGUCGUAAACAAUAACCUUAAUUCAGAUGAUCUGUCUUCCCGUAAAAGAAAGAAAAAAAUGAUCUGUCUCUCCGUGGCAUGAAGGAAAGACAGAGAGCAAGAGAGAGAGAAAGAGAGUUGCGUUGAUCAUGUGCGUCAUUGAACCCAGAGCCCUUGAAGUAUGUAUAAAUAGAGAAGUAACUGAUCCGUAAAUACAAACCAUUAGUAACAAAUAAAAAACAAUGUUGUCUCUACUCUCUAUUGUCUUGACUUUUCUUUCUCUUAUUAUCAUGCCUUGUCUCUUCGUCUCUUGGCGUCUACGUGUUCCCCUCUCCAUUACAAAUAUCCGCAGAUUCAUCAAAACCACAGCUUCUCAAUGCAACGAUAAAGAAGAGAGCGGUACAACCGGAGAGAAGGAGAAAGGAGGGAGAAUGCCAAAGCAUGUGGCGAUCAUAUUGGACGGAAACAGACGUUGGGCAGAGAAACGAGGACUCGGGCCAUCGCAAGGUCAAGAAGCCGGAGCGAGAACUGUUAUGGAGAAUGUUAAGGACUAUUUCUCUAUGGGGAUUAACACUGUUUCACUCUUUGCUUUCUCCACAGAAAAUUGGGGAAGACCCGGGGAUGAAGUUAAGUACAUAAUGGACAUGUUUGAGAAAAUCGUCAAGUCUGAGAUGCCUAACUUGCGCAGAUAUGGCGUCAAAGUCUCGGUCAUCGGAAAACGGACGAAUAUUCCGGAGUCACUUCUACAUUUGAUAGGAGAAGCAGAAGAAGCUACAAAGAACAACAAAGAGAAGCAACUCAUUGUGGCGUUAGACUAUAGUGGAAAGUUCGAUAUUUUACAAGCAUGCAAAAGUCUUGCUGAAAAGGCAAAAAACGGGCUGAUCAAUGUAGAGGACAUCGACGAAAAUCUGAUGGACAAAGAGUUGAUGACAAGCUGUAGUGAGUUCCCAAAUCCUGACCUAUUGAUUAGAACAAGCGGAGAACAAAGGAUUAGUAACUUCUACCUAUGGCAAUCAGCUUAUACAGAGCUUUACUUUCCUAGUGUUCUAUGGCCUGACUUCGGAGGAGCUGAGUAUCUCGAGGCCUUAGAUUGGUAUCAGAAGAGGCAGAGGCGAUUCGGUCUAAGGGUUUAAACUUUCAGUUUUUUUUAAUGUAUUAUUAAUAAAUGGUUUAACUACUCAAAACUGUAUGCGUUUGUUUUCACGUUUACUAGUUCAAGAUGCUACUUCAGUUG